AGUGUGUGAGGGGGCUGGGUUUAAACGCGCAGAGUGCCAGUGGCAGCGUACACUCACACACACUCACACACACACACACUCACUACUGUACAUUGAUGGAGCCGCUAAUCUGUGUCAGUCCGGCAGAGCCCCUGUGAGGAAAGAAAAAGCCGCCACGCUUUUGCGGAGCUCUGAACUGACGCUGCGAGAAACCAAACCCAGCUCCACCGCUCGGACGAUGGCGAGCCCGGCCACGGCGCGCACAUAGACCUGCGUCCUGCUGCACGUACCCGGAGGACGCUUGGUGGGGGGAAAAAAAACCCGAACUGAAGGAAUGUGCCGUUCCGCUGUCACCGUCCUGGUAGAGUAACACCAGGAGGAGGUUCGGCUCGGAUGGUGACGGCUCGGUUCCGCUCCGCUGUCAAGUUUUUACGCACCGAAUUCGCGCUAAUGACGGUUUUUUUUUCUUUCUUUCUUUUCUUCUUUUUUUUUUUUUGGUUGGGUUUUUACUUGAAUGAAUGACGCCGCAGCCGAACAGGUCCCGCAGAUAGAUGCGUUCAAGGAACUGGAUCACGUAGAUUUACUGAAGCAUCUCCUUUAAAAAAGAAAAAGAAAAAAAAAAAACGCAGGCGUUUUCCAGAGAGAGCGUUUGGUUGGAAACCUUGGAGUGUAGCGCAUCAGUUAAAAACCCAAGAAGAGCAGCAGCAGCAGCAGGAGGAGGAGGAGAAGGUGGAGGUGCUGGAGGAGGACAGGAUAACCAGGAGAUCCAGUUUUUAAACCAAGAGAAACAUGUGAAAACCCUUGCGAGGAUUUGACCUGCAAGUUAGCCUUCGACAACAAAAAGGCGAAGGUCUCCUCCCUUCUUCCCCUCGUCCAUUCUCUCUGCUUCCUCUGCAUUUUCCGUGCGGGCCCGUUAAACAUGGAGGGCCGGCGGGCUACACGCAGGACUUUAUCGCCUGACCCUAAAGUGGGAGCUGCGGCUGCCCUGCUGGGCUUCUGGCUCUUAGCGAUCCCCGCCUUGUGCAGCGGGCAGACAUUCACUAGUUUCCACCCUGAACGUCGGGACUGGGUCUUCAACCACCUGACGGUUCACCAGUCCACAGGGGCGUUGUAUAUUGGAGCAGUCAACCGUGUGUACAAGCUCUCAGGCAACCUGACCCUCCUUGUUUCUCAUGAUACGGGCCCAGAGGACGACAACAAGGCCUGCUACCCCCCUCUGAUUGUACAACCCUGCUCUGAGCCCCUUGUCUCGACCAACAACGUCAACAAGCUUCUCCUCAUUGAUUAUUCCCAAAAUCGGUUGCUGGCCUGUGGCAGCCUCUACCAGGGGGUGUGUAAACUCCUCAGAUUGGAUGACCUCUUUAUCUUAGUGGAGCCCUCCCACAAGAAAGAGCACUACCUCUCCAGUGUGAACCAGACUGGGACCAUGUAUGGGGUCAUCGUGCCUUCACAGGGCCAGGAUGGCACCCUGUUUAUCGGCACGGCUGUGGAUGGAAAACAGGACUACUUUCCGACCAUCUCCAGUCGAAAGCUGCCCCGCGACCCUGAAUCAUCUGCGAUGCUCGACUAUGAGCUGCACACUGACUUUGUGUCCUCCCUCAUCAAGAUACCAUCAGACACGCUGGCACUAGUCUCCCACUUUGACAUCUACUAUGUUUACGGCUUCGCCAGUGGCAGCUUUGUUUACUUCCUGACCGUCCAGCCCGAGACUCCGGAGAACAGCAUGUCAUCGAGCGGAUCCACGAGCGACCUCUUCUACACCUCUCGCAUCGUCCGCCUCUGCAAAGACGAUCGCAAGUUCCACUCCUACGUCUCUCUCCCAGUCGGCUGUGUGAAGAACGGCAUCGAGUACAGGCUACUGCAGGCCGCCUACCUCGGCAAGCCGGGCCGCGUUCUCGCAGCCUCACUCAACAUCAGCGCCCAGGACGACGUGCUCUUCACCAUCUUCUCCAAGGGCCAGAAGCAGUUCCAUCGCCCGCCAGAUGACUCGGCGCUCUGCGUGUUCACCAUCCGAGACAUCAACGCACGAAUCAAGGAGCGCCUGCAGUCCUGCUACCAGGGAGAGGGGAACCUGGAGCUCAACUGGCUGCUCGGGAAGGAUGUGCAGUGCACCAAAGCACCCGUGCCCAUCGACGACUCUUUCUGCGGUCUGGACAUCAACCAGCCUCUCGGCGGUUCUCAGCUGGUGACCGGUCACACUCUCUACACUGAGACUCGUGACCGCAUGACUUCUGUCACCUCCUACGUCUACAAUGGCUACUGUGUUGCCUUUGUUGGCACCAAGAGUGGACGUUUAAAGAAGAUUCGCGUCGACGGGCCUCCGCACGGCGGCGUCCAGUACGAGACGAUAUCGGUCAUCAAGGACGGCAGCCCCAUCCUGCGAGACAUGGCCUUCUCCCCCGACCGCAACUACCUCUACGUCAUGUCUGAGAGACAGGUGACCCAAGUUCCCAUCGAGUCGUGUGAGCAGUACGGGACCUGUGGAGAGUGUCUGAGCUCUGGAGAUCCACACUGCGGCUGGUGUGUCCUGCAUAACAUCUGCUCUCAGAGGAACCGGUGUGAGCGUGCAGAUGAGCCGUACCGCUUCGCCGCCACUCUCAACCAGUGUGUGAAGGCCAACGUGUACCCAGACAGCAUCGCCGUGUCCGAGCCCAGCGUACCUCUGCUGGUGAAGGUGAGCCACGUUCCGGACCUUUCUGUUGGCAUCACCUGCUCCUUUGGCAACCUGACGGAGGUGGAGGGACAGGUCAACGGCAACCAGAUACUCUGCGUGUCUCCUGCUGCCAAGGAUGUCCCCCUCAUCCCCACCGACCAAGAUUGGUCCGGUGUUGAGCUGAGGCUCAAUUCUAAGGAAACCGGUCAGAUGCUCAUCAGCACAGAGGUGAAGUUUUACAACUGCAGCGUCCACCAGCUGUGUCUGUCUUGCGUGAACAGUGCCUUCCGCUGCCACUGGUGCAAGUACCGCAACUUGUGUACCCAUGACCCCUCCAGCUGUUCCUUCCAGGAGGGACGAGUCAACGCCUCCGAGGACUGUCCCCAGCUGGUGCGCUCUGAGGAGAUUCUGAUCCCAGCAGGUGAGGUGAAGCCCAUCACCCUGAAGGCCAGGAACCUGCCCCAGCCUCAGUCCGGCCAGCGGGGCUACGAGUGCGUCCUCCACAUCCAGGGGGUCAGCCACCGCGUGACGGCCCUCCGCUUCAACAGCUCCAGCGUGCAGUGUCAGAACAGCUCGUAUCUGUACGAGGGAAUGAAGAUCAGUGAGCUGCCUGUGGAUUUCUCGGUGGUGUGGAAUGGCAACUUCAUUAUUGAUAACCCGGAGAAUAUCCAAGUGCACCUGUACAAGUGUGCAGCCCAGCGAGACAGCUGCGGCAUGUGUCUGAAGGCGGAGAGGAAGUUCCAGUGCGGCUGGUGCAGCGGAGAGGGAAAGUGCACCCUGCGGCACCACUGCCCGCCCAUCAAUCCCUACACCACACGCUGGCUGAACCUGUCCAGUAAGAAUGUCAAGUGCACCAACCCACGCAUCACAGAGGUGACACCUGUGGCCGGGCCACCUGAGGGAGGCACGCGGGUGACCAUCCACGGCACGAACCUCGGUCUGGCCUUCUCAGACAUGGUGGGCAACGUGGAGGUAGCAGGGGUGAGGUGCACGCCCGUAGAGGACGGCUACAUCAUCGCUGAACAGAUCGUGUGUGAGAUGGAUCCAGCUCACGCCGACACCAGACCCGGUCCAGUCCAGCUGUGUGUUGGCGAGUGCAGACCAGAACUCCGGGCCCGCUCCUCGCAGCUCUACUCCUUCGUGACUCCCUCAGUCACAGGUCUGUCCCCGAGCCGAGGUCCAGAGUCCGGGGGCACCAAAGUGACCAUCAUGGGAGAAAACCUCGGCGCCGGCAGCAGCGUCAACGUUCAGUUUGGAAACCAGACGUGCGAGUUCUUCGGGCGGACCAUGACGGAGAUAGUGUGCUACUCCGCUCCCUCCCUGUCCGGGCUCGGCCCGGUGCAGAUCAGCGUGAGUGUGGACCACGCCCAAAUCAAGGAGAGCCUCACCUUCGAGUACAUAGAAGACCCCACCGUCCAGCGGAUCGAACCGGACUGGAGCAUCGCAAGUGGCCACACCCCCCUGAUGGUGACGGGGACCAAUCUGGACGUGGUUCAGGAGCCCAGGAUCCGAGUCAAAUACGCCGGCCACGAAUCUGUCAACGUGUGUAAAGUGCUGAACACCACGAGCAUGAGCUGCUUCGCUCCCUCCCUGAUGGCAGAGUACCACCCGGGCUUGGACACGGUGAAGCACGCCGACGAGUUCGGCUUCAUCUUCAACAACGUCCAGGCGCUGCUGGUCUACAACAACACCAACCUCCUCUACUACCCAAACCCUUACUUUGAGCCCCUCAGCACCUCUGGGGUCCUGGAGCAGAAGCCAGGCUCACCCAUCAUUCUCAAGGGCAGAAACCUCGUUCCCCCGGCGUCAGGAGGGGUGAAGCUUAACUACACCGUGCUGAUCGGAGAGACUCCCUGCUCCGUCACCGUGUCGGAGAGCCAGCUGCUGUGCGAGCCGCCCAACCUCACUGGACAAUACAAAGUCAUGGUUCAGGUGGGCGGCCUCCACGUCUCCCCCGGCGCCGUCCACAUCAUGUCCGACAGCCUGCUGACCCUCCCGGCCAUCGUCAGCAUCGCUGCCGGCGGAGGGCUCCUCCUCAUCAUCGUCAUCCUCGUCCUCAUCGCCUACAAGCGAAAGUCGCGGGAGAACGACCUCACCCUGAAGCGCCUGCAGAUGCAAAUGGACAACCUGGAGUCGCGGGUCGCCCUCGAGUGCAAAGAAGCCUUCGCCGAGCUGCAGACGGACAUCAAUGAGCUGACCAGCGACCUGGACAGAGCCGGGAUCCCACACCUGGACUACCGGACCUACGCCAUGAGGGUCCUCUUCCCCGGCAUCGAGGAUCAUCCGGUCCUCAGAGAACUGGAGGUGUCAGGGAACGGCCAGCAGAACGUGGAGAAGGCCCUGAAGCUGUUUGGCCAGCUCAUCAACAACAAGGUGUUCCUGCUCACCUUCAUCCGGACGCUGGAAAUGCAGCGCUCGUUCUCCAUGAGGGACCGCGGCAACGUGGCCUCACUUAUCAUGACGGCGCUGCAAGGGCGACUGGAGUACGCCACCGACGUCCUCAAACACCUGCUGUCGGACCUCAUCGACCGCAACCUGGAGAGCAAGAACCACCCCAAGCUGCUGCUGCGCAGGACGGAGUCGGUUGCAGAGAAGAUGCUCACCAACUGGUUCGCCUUCCUCCUUCACAAAUUCCUCAAGGAGUGUGCUGGGGAGCCUCUGUUCAUGCUGUACUGCGCCAUCAAGCAGCAGAUGGAAAAGGGGCCCAUCGACGCCAUCACUGGAGAGGCCCGCUACUCCCUGAGUGAAGACAAGCUCAUCCGCCAGCAGAUCGAGUACAAAACCCUGAUUCUGAACUGCGUGAACCCCGACAACGAAAACAGCCCGGAGAUUCCAGUCAAGGUGCUGAACUGUGACACCAUCACCCAAGUGAAGGAGAAGAUACUCGACGCCGUCUACAAGAACAUGCCCUACUCUCAGCGGCCGCGUGCUGUCGACAUGGACCUGGAGUGGCGCCAGGGUCGGAUGGCUCGCGUGGUGCUGCAGGACGAAGACAUCACCACCAAGAUAGAAAACGACUGGAAGAGACUCAACACUCUCAUGCACUACCAGGUGUCAGACCGCUGCGUUGUGGCUUUGGUGCCCAAACAGACCUCAUCCUACAACAUCCCCUCCUCAGCCAGCAUAUCCCGCACUUCCAUCAGCAGAUACGACUCUUCGUUCCGCUACACGGGCAGCCCCGACAGCCUCCGCUCGCGGGCUCCCAUGAUCACCCCCGACCUAGAGAGCGGCGUGAAGGUGUGGCACUUGGUGAAGAACCAUGAACACGGAGACCAGAAGGAGGGAGACCGAGGGAGCAAGAUGGUCUCCGAGAUUUAUCUGACCAGGCUGCUAGCUACCAAGGGUACACUACAAAAAUUUGUAGACGAUCUCUUCGAGACGUUGUUCAGCACAGUCCACCGGGGGAGCAGUCUUCCCCUCGCCAUCAAAUACAUGUUUGACUUCCUGGACGAGCAGGCGGACAAACACGGCAUCCACGACACGGACGUGCGUCACACGUGGAAAAGCAACUGCCUUCCUUUACGUUUCUGGGUGAACGUGAUCAAGAACCCGCAGUUCGUGUUCGACAUCCAUAAGAGCAGCAUCACGGACGCCUGUCUGUCCGUAGUAGCUCAGACCUUUAUGGAUUCUUGCUCCACAUCAGAGCACCGUCUGGGCAAAGACUCCCCAUCCAACAAGCUGCUCUACGCUAAAGACAUCCCCAAUUACAAGAGCUGGGUAGAGAGGUACUACGCUGACAUCAACCGGCUGCCGGCCAUUAGCGACCAGGACAUGAACGCAUAUUUGGCAGAGCAGGCCAGACUCCACUCGACAGAGUUCAACAUGCUCAGCGCUCUCAAUGAGAUCUACUCCUACGUCAGCAAGUACAGUGAGGAGAUCACAGCCGCCCUGGAGCUGGACGAACAGGCGAGGAAGCAGAGGUUGGCCUACAAGGUGGAGCAGCUCAUCUCGGCCAUGUCCUUCGAGAGCUGAGAGCGACCCCCCCACCACCACAAUCCUCCUUUUACCGAGAGAGACAGGACCACAAUCUCAACAGGACCUCCCAAAAAAAGGGGGUCCAGCAUUUACUUACCUCUCAUCGUGGGAGCUAGAACCAUGAACCAGACCUGGGACCUCUGUGUAUCCACAGCCGGACUGACAUACAGCUGCUUUAGUUUGUAAUCCGCCCGCCUCCUUCCAUGACGGCGCCAGCUAAAGGGCCCCGCGGACUGAGACAGAGGCCCUGCAGCUGGAGCUGACGAUGGCGUAAGGAAGGGACAUCAAGUAGAGAAGGCAACAACAUGGCUUGUAUUUAUUUAUUUUUUCUUUGUUUUUCUUUGUUGUUUUUUUUUUUUCUCAAAGGAUAUUUUCUCUCAGUUUCGACAGGAAAUUGUAUGGCGUGCGUGAGCGUGUGUGUGUGUGUGUGUGUGUGUGUGCACGAGUGGUGUGAUUGUGCCGUGCCGAAGAUGAAGACUCCUGCAGGACCGCGAGAGCAAAUUGGAGAAACGGAUGUGUUCUCUACUCUCAGUCAGAAACUCAUCGUCUGAGUGUGAAAUUGGAAAAAAGAGAAGAAGAAGAAGAAGAAGAAAAAAAAAACAAAGGCGAGAAGCAGAAGAGCAGAUCUCAUGUCGGACAGCUGAGUUUGCAUUCAGAUUUCUCAGAUUUUUAUUUUUGUACUUGUACAUUUGAAUAUUAUCAGUUGCAGUUGAAAUGUCCACCCGGGGAUCCCAGAAGUGUUUGUUGUAUAAAGACAUAAAGAGUGUAACGCAGCGUCGAGUCGGCGGGCGGCGGCGUGGCGCGGCGGUCGAACAGGCCGCGGCCUACGUCGGCGUCUCUCGCUCCUUCCCCUGAUGCUUCACACGCGACACGGACGCUCCUCUAUCCAAUCAGACGUGUACAGGAAAAAAAAACAAAAGUAAAGAACAUUUUCAACACUUGUGCUCAUCAUCUAAGAGUCGACGGAACUCCGCUCUUGGUGGUCACAGCUCAGCCAGCAUGCUUGCACCUAAACUGAGGAUCGACGGCGAUGAAAUCUAUAGCGUACGUAGGAGAUGACCUUUUAAAUCAGCAUCGCUCCGGUGACCGAGGCUUUUCUCAGCAGUCGGGGUCAUCUGUGUAUGUACCGGUUGAUUCUUGCCAAUCAAGUGUAUGUGAAUGUACAAAUGUUUUCUUUCUGUUGUUAUUUUUUUUAUUUCUUCGUUUGUCUAUUUGAGUUUUGCAAACAGAACGAGGGGCUCGGUUGAACUGAAGCCCCCGUCGUCGAUUUGCAAAAGCUCGUCAAGUGAACAACUCCAUUUUUUUUUUGUCCGUCCUGCCACCUCCCCCCCGCCAGCCCAUCCAAAACCGUUAUUUACCCCUUAAUCACUUUUCUGCUAAGAGGAGAGUGUGCAUCGUCCUGCAUCGUGGCUGUCAGUACGUACAGCUCGCAGUUAGUAGAGACCGAGCAGGAGCGUCUGGUUUCUGUAGGCUAAAAACUCUCCGUUGUAUAACCACAGUUUGUAUCUCUUUGGGAAACUUGAUCAACUUUAUGUGUACUUUGCAUGCUGUCACACAUCAGAAGUGUUCCAAAAGGGUCCAUAUUUGAUUUUUUUAUUUUUUUUUUUAAUUUAUCAAGUGCCAAUGAGUCAUGCCAGACGUCAGCUGACGGGGGAAGAUGUUAACCCGACCGCCGCCCGUGUCCUCGCACAGACAAGAAGAGAAGCCCAGCGAAGCGUGGGUCCAGUUUGACCAAGUGCCAAAAGAUCCUGUUUGUUUUCAAAUUGUUCACUAAUGUGUCAAAAAGGGAAAAAAAAAGAAAAGAAAAAAGGAAAAAAAACAUCGGUUUAUGCUUUACAGAGGGAGCGACGCUCCCGUUUUUUUUUUGUUUUUUUUUGGAGUGUAGAUCCGGUUGAAGUCGCAGCUUACGUAACUGGAACGCUGAGUGUUGAAACUCAUGAAAAGGUACGAAAACAACAAACAGGAAGGAAGAAAAGGAGGAUCCGGGAGAGGGGAAAAAAAAACAAACAUGAAAAGCGCAUAAGAAAUGAGUUACGUGUUAUGUUACGUGUCAUGUGGCUGCGUCUCCUGACUUAAAAAACCAAAACGUCACAAGCUCAGAGGCUGAUGCAACAUUUCAACCUUUGCGGCUGGAUGACAACAAACUGUAGAUUCCGUCCUCUGAAUCGCUGAAUUCAUUUUUCUUCCGAGACACGUGUUGGCUUGUUGUUUACAUCAAGUACUUGAAUAAUAGGGUAUAGUAUUAAAGGUUUGCACAGUAUGACUUCGGUUGUGUGCGUUUAGAGCAUGACAAACACCAUUAGUGGGUGAAAGGUGCUUCUUUUUCUUCCGUGGCCUUAGAUUACCCACCUGCUUUAGCGUUCCUGAUCUUUACGAGUCCCCCGACUCGGGCACCGGUCCCUUUCCCGUGCUCCGGAGCCCAGCGGUUGCUUCCAGUGAUACCCGGGCCCCGGCACUCUGCUGAGAACUGAGGGAAAAAAAAAGGAAAGGAAAGGUGAAGAGGCUACGGCCCGGCUCAGGCAAGACAUCGCCUCGCUCAGCGCCUCGGCUCGGCCUGAGCUGUUUGAAGAGAAGUGUCGAGAAACGAGGAGAGAGGAGGAGGUGGAAGGAGAGAGAGAGAGAGAGAGAGACCCUUUAGCUCUAGUUUCCUGCUCCGGCUUUGAAGCUGCUCUUUGAUCUGAGUCGGUUGUGUGCACAGUGUGAUCAGGAGAUCGAAAGAAGAAGGAAAAGAAAAAAAAAAAACAUCAAACUAACAGGCAAGGAGAAAAUGUAGGAUGAGGUGAUGAUUGACGCACUGUUACCGCGUCCGGCCAGCGGGGGGCAGGAGAGGGAAAGUCGGGAUUUGUUCCCCUCGUCUGCAAAAAAAAAAAAAAAAA